CACCGUCCGUCACUCGUCAUUCGUCGUCCGUCGCCCGUCGUCCGUCAUCCGUCGUCCGUCGUUCGUCGUCCUUCGUUCGCCAAUUCCGUCGUCCGUCGUCCGUCGUUCGUCGUCGCUCGUCGUCACCAUGGCCACCUUCAACGGCUGGCUCCUGAGGACCGUCAUGCUCGUCUGCGUGCAGCUGGCCAUUCCGUCCAACGCCAGCCUUCUCAGCGACUCCGCCUGUCCGGACGGCUGGGUGGGUCCCCACCGAAGUGUCUGCUACCGGCUGAGUGACGAGUAUCUGGACUGGAAUGAAGCCAACGCUAGCGGCUGUCAGGAGCUCCAGGAGGGCGCCUAUCUGGCCUCGGUGACGCAUGCCAACAAGGCCUUCCUGUCGAAGCAGGAGUCCAUCAUCGCCUCGGACUACUACUGGGUGGGUCUGCGCUCCGGGGACGCCGAGUGGAACAGCGGCACGGCGGCUGCCGAGCCGCUGGACUACACCAACUGGGAGGUGGUGCGUCACCAGGAGCCCAGUGGUUCCAGCGUCACCAACGACGACUGCGUGCUCCUCAUCGGCGAGGUGCCUAAUGACGAGGAGUACGGCGCCAGCGGUACCUGGAUGGACUGGGACUGCAGCCUGGAGGCAUACUUCCUCUGCGAAUUGAAAAAGGAUCCUGAAGUCGCCUGCCCGAACAAACACUGGAUAAGACAUAACGACGCCUGUUACAUGCUGCACGACAUUCAGAACAAGACGUUCACUGAGGCAGAGGAGCGGUGCGACCAGCUCCAGCCGGGAGCCACGCUGGGCUCCGUGGCCGACUACGACGCCCUGGUGAGGAUCGUGCCUGGCAUGGACACCGCCGCCUACUACUGGAUCGGUCUGCGGUCCACUCCCGCUCCCGACGGCCGCCUGCGCUGGCGCACCGCCGACGCCGCCGAGGUCCUCUCCACCCACUGGUGGUACGCCGAGUACGACGAGCCGAACGGCGCGCGCAUUGGGCCCGACCACGACUGUGUGAGGGUGAGCGGUCGCCGCUCGGCGGAGCUGUACACGACCGGAGAGUGGGAGGACCAGCACUGCGGCCGCCGGUCCCGCUUCCUCUGCGCACUGCGCGUCUGAGGAGGCGUGUCCGCCCAGCGGUCUGCCCUGAGUCGGAGACAGAGCGGAAGGCUGCGUUCUGUGGGGAAUAUACUACAUUUGUGCUGGAAUACACUUCCUAAUGCCUG